UAUACUAUGGUCAAGAAGAAGAUGCCUCCGAAGCCAAAGGUUGAUAGAAUUAGUAAGCUUCCUGUCCAUCUUAUACAGCUUAUUCUCACGUCAUUGCCCAUAAAAGAAGCUGGGAGAACAAGUGUACUGUCGAGAGAAUGGAGGCACCAUUGGAAAAGUAUCACCCACCUUGUGUUUGACAAAGAUUUCGAUUCACCGGAUUACAGUGAUUCUGAUGAAGAAAUUAGUGCUGAUAAGCUAAUGUCGAGCAUCCAGAAAACUCUGCAGGUUCACGAUGGGCCUAUAACAGAGUUUGUGGUUUCGAAUUAUCGGUUAACAACUACUGUCGAGAUCGACCCCUUGAUUUCACACCUUAUCGAGAAAGGGGUCUCGCGCCUUUCCCUUCUGUACUGUUGCCGCGAUGACACUCGACAGUAUGAAGACGAGAUCGACCCUUCCCUUUUUCGUGCUGUUCAAGUGGACAGGCUGAAACUGCAGGGAUGUGAACUUGUCGAACCGUCUUGGUUUACCGGAUUUACCAGGCUGACCUCUCUUCACUUGGACAUCGUUGGUCUGCCCGAAGAUUUCUUCGAUAGUUUCCUUCUGAACUGUCCCCUGCUUGAGGAUUUGAGGGUUUUCUACUUUCGGGGUCUUAAUAUAGUUGAAGUUGAGGCUCCACCGCGCCUCAAAGUGUGCAUCCUGAGGGCGGAUCUCGGUUUAGUUGAUAUUAGCUUCAGCUAUGCUCCACUUCUGUCUGUUGUCUCAAUUCAUGCGGAAGAGUGCGGGGACGAACCUGAAACAGAUGUGGUCUCUUUAUUUGCUUCUCUCCCGGCACUCCAAAGGUUUUACAUUAGCUUUGAGUGCCUUGAAUUACUUGCUGCAGGUUCUGUUCCCGACAGGCUUCCGGUUGCGCUUCACUGCUUAGAAGUUCUUGACAUUCGCAGAUGUGACGAUGAAGACAGUUCGCUUGAGCUGGAGCUUGUCCUUUGUCUCAUCAGAAGUUCCCCCAACUUGAAUAAACUUACAAUUAAGAUGGACGUUGACGAAGACUUGCGUUUUAAGGGGGAUUUGAAGCUGUCGGAACGUGAACCAGAGGCACAUCCUGAAGAUGAAGAUAGCUUCUGUCAGCGUCUUGACGAAGUCGAAAUUCGGCUCAGUGGAUUCUCUCAGGUUGAGCUGGACCUGUUGAGGUUCGUGUUGGCCAACGCCCCGCUACUGAGAAGGAUUGUCAUUCAGCCUAAGAGCAGAUUGAGGUGGGAAAAAUGCCUCAAGUUCCUGGGAGAGAUUAAAGAGUAUGAUUGUGCUUCAAAAAAUGUAGAGAUCAUAUAUGUGAACAAGUCUGGUGUGAUGUUCUUCAGUAUGAGACUGGCAAAUGUUUAA